GGCCCCGGCCCCCUCCCCGGCGGCGGCGCGGGGCGGCCCGUCUGCUCGGGCAGCGCCGAGCCUGCGCACUCGGCGCCCGGGCGGGCACGGCGGCCGCGGGGCGAGGAGCGGCGGCGGCGCGGGGCGGGCCGGGCCAGGUGCUGCGAAGCGGGGGAGCGCGGAGCGACCCUGCGCGGGGGCGGCGGCCGGGCCGCCAUGCGCCUUGCCGAGGGCCGGGCUCGCCAUCCUGCGGCGUAGCGGCGGGACGCGGCUCGGCUCUCCGCCCGUGAUGUCCCCCGGGCAGCGGGGGAAGGCGACUCACUCAAGGGCUGCGGCAGAGGCCUAGUGCGCCCAGCGCCGCUCCGCGUCCCCGCGCCCUCAUGGCCGAGGAGCAGCAGCCGGAGGGGCAGCCGCCGCGGCGGCUGGCCGGCACCCCCGCGCCCGGCGGGGCCCUGCCGGCCCUGGUGCCGGGGCUGCAGGGCUGCGAGGCCAGCGCGCUGCAGCACAAGAUCCGCAGCUCCAUCUGCAAAACUGUACAAUCUAAAGUGGACUGCAUUUUGCAAGACGUUGAGAAGUUUACAGACCUAGAGAAACUCUACCUCUACCUUCAGCUGCCUUCGGGUCCCAGCAAUGGAGACAAAAGCGAUCAGAUCUCCAUGUCGUCCAGCCGUGCCCAGCAGAUGCACGCCUUCUCGUGGAUACGGAACACCUUGGAAGAGCACCCCGAGACAUCCCUUCCCAAGCAGGAGGUUUAUGAUGAAUACAAGAGCUAUUGUGACAAUCUUGGCUACCACCCAUUAAGUGCUGCUGACUUUGGAAAGAUCAUGAAAAAUGUCUUUCCAAAUAUGAAGGCCCGUCGUCUAGGCACAAGAGGCAAAUCAAAAUAUUGCUACAGUGGACUGCGGAAGAAGGCUUUUGUGCAUAUGCCAACGCUGCCCAACCUUGACUUUCAUAAAACUGGAGAUGGGUUGGACGGGGCAGAGCCGGCUGGGCAGCUGCAAAGUGCUGAUGAGGAAGUCUCUGCGGCCUGCCGGCUUGUUUGUGAAUGGGCCCAGAAAGUGCUGAGCCAGCCUUUUGAUACGGUCUUGGAAUUGGCUCGUUUCCUUGUAAAAAGUCACUAUAUCGGUACCAAGUCAAUGGCAGCUUUAACAGUAAUGGCAGGGGCACCAGCAGGAAUAAAAGGGAUCCCCCAGCCCUCAGCUUUUAUACCUACUGCUGAAAGUAAUUCCUUUCAACCGCAAGUGAAAACUCUGCCAUCUCCUGUUGAUGCCAAGCAGCAGCUGCAGCGUAAGAUUCAGAAGAAGCAGCAAGAACAGAAACUGCAGUCUCCUUUGCCAGGAGAGUCUCCAGCAAAGAAAACAGAAAGCACUGCAACCAACGGCGUGACCAGUAUAUCUAACGGAAGUCCUGCAAUUCUGUCUCCUCCACCUAUUGGCAUUGUUGUGGCAGCUGUCCCCAGCCCAAUACCGGUGCCAAGGACCAGGCAGUUGGUGACAUCUCCAAGUCCUAUGGGAUCGUCUGAUAGCAAGGUCCUGCCACUCAACGUUCAGGUGGUCACCCAGCACAUGCAAUCAGUCAAGCAGUCACCAAAGACUCCCCAGAACGUUCCUGCCAGUCCAGUUGGUGACCGCUCUGCCCGGCAUCGCUACCCACAGAUCUUACCGAAGCCAGCAAACACCAGUGCUCUCACCAUCCGCUCUCCCACGACGGUGCUCUUUACCAGUAGCCCAAUCAAGACUGUUGUGCCAGCUCCACAUGUGAAUUCCUUAAAUGUGGUAAAAAUGACAGCAAUAUCUCUAGCCCCAAGCAGCAGUAGUGUGCCCGUCAAGCAGACGCCUUCAGCUAGCAGUAAUGCAGGAGCAGUGGAAGAAGGGAGGACUGGUCCACAGAUCAAAAAUGGAUCUGCUGUUUCGCUUCAGUCUCCAGGAUCCAAGCCUAGCACUGUUGUAGCUACACCUGCAGUCAAGAUCAAAAUGGAACCAGAAGUAUUGCUGGAUGAGAACUCAGUACAGAGCCAAGAGAGCUCUGAGAUGUCUAAGUCCAUAAAGGCAACCCCUGACCUGCCUCCUGCUCAACUAAUUAAUUUUGAGGUUGCAACCUUGAAGGUUUCAGCUGAUGAUGUUGUGGAGGUAAAACCAGUUAAGGGCUGUGAUCAGGGAGCUGAAGAAGCAGGAACCAAAUAUAAAACACAAUCUAAUGAGAUCCCGCCAGUUUCUUCAGUAGGCAAUAAUCAAAGCACUCUAAAGCUCUCAGUUGCCAAUCAGAACUUGUCCAGCACCAGCAUCGGUUCACCUCCUACUGGUGAGUCUGUGAUUAAAGACAAAACAUGCACUAAAAGUCCAAGAAAGCGACAACCUUCUACACUUCAGGAUUCCCAGGUACCGCCUGUAAAGAAACCACUGGUGGAGCAGCUUUCAACUGGUAAUGUUGUGGAGAGUCAAAAAGCAAAUGGCGUUAAGAAGUCUCCGAAGGUUGGAUCAUUAGCUAACAGUGACAAUACAGCAACACUUGCUCAAGUUUCCAGCACAAUACCUGUACCUUCUGCAGCUGCAGCAAACUUGGCAACAGACCUUUCCGUGAGCACCGAUUUAAAUACUGGUGAUUCUACUUUAGAACAGGAGCUUGCAGCAGUACCAUCUCCAGAUAUAAAAGUAAAAUUGGAAGGGAACAUGUUUAUCAUAGAAAGUGAUUCAAAAUCUGAUGGCAGCUUUAACCCAAGUACAUGGCACCAUAUCACCAAAACCUCCGACUUUGCAUCUGUGAAUUGUGAGCAGCAGGAUCUCAGCGUGAUGGCAAUUGCAGGGCACUCCGGCGACUUACAGGAAUCAGCAUGGCAGCCAGUGCACUGCGAAGAUAUACAGCAGGAUGCGUACAGCCAGCAGUUACAGAGCCAGAUCCAGGACUCCUCCUUGGCUCAGAUACAAGCACAGUCUUCAAAUCAGUUACCUCUGCAGCCUGAGCUGAAAGAGUUUGAACAUACAGUCCCUCAGUCAAACGAAAACUUCUUUUCAUUUGAUGACGACCUUACCCAAGAUAGCAUUGUGGAGGAGCUGGUGCUCAUGGAGGAGCAAAUGUCCAUGAAUAAUUCUCAUCCUUAUGGUGGUUGUCUAGGAAUGGCGCUUCAGAGUCAGACUGCAGCUCAAGGAGCUCCCGUGUCAUCUCAUCCAAGCAGCGUGCACUUUUACCAUUCGAUCCAUAACAACAGCACUCCGAUUCACACUCCCACUCCCACCCCCACCCCAACUCCCACCCCCACCCCAACUCCAACGCCCACCUCUGAAAUGAUUGCUGGGUCUCAGAACAUGUCCCGAGAGAGCCCUUGCUCGAGGCUGGCUCAGACGACUCCCGUGGACAGUGCUCUAGGGAGCAGCCGGCAUACACCCAUCGGCACACCGCAUUCCAACUGCAGCAGCAGUGUCCCUCCGAGUCCUGUGGAAUGCCGAAACCCCUUUGCGUUUACUCCCAUCAGCUCCAGCAUGGCUUACCACGAUGCCAGCAUUAUAUCCAGUAGCCCCGUGAAGCCGAUGCAGCGGCCUAUGGCUACCCAUCCCGACAAAACCAAGCUUGAGUGGAUGAAUAACGGCUACAGUGGAGUCAGCAAUUCGUCAGUUGCAAACCACGGCAUCCUGACGAGCUAUCAGGAGCUGGUGGAAGACCGCUUCAGGAAACCUCACGCUUUUGCCGUUCCUGGCCAGUCGUACCAGUCUCAGCCGCGCCACCACGAUACCCACUUUGGCCGCGUGACUCCGGUUUCGCCAGUGCAGCACCAGGCAGCCCCUGUCAGUAGCACCACCAAGCAAGAGGGCUUUGCUGUUCCUGCUCCUUUGGACAACAAGGGAACCGGUUCCUCUCUCAACAACAGUCUGAGGUGCCGGAGUGUGAGCCCUGCUGUCCAUCGCCAGCGUAAUCUCAGUGGAAGCACUGUUUACCCUGUUUCGAAUAUACCACGCUCUAACCUGACACCUUUUGGAAGUCCAGUGACUCCUGAAGUUCACAAUGUAUUUGCUAAUAUCCAUGCAGACACCAGUGCCAAUAACAUAGCACAAAGAAGCCAGUCGGUCCCGUUGACUGUGAUGAUGCAGACGGCCUUCCCGUCUCUUCAGAAACAAACAAACACUAAAAAAAUCACCAAUGUGUUGUUAAACAAACUUGAUUCUGAUAGCGAUGACGCAGUGAGAGGUUUGGGAGUGAACAACAUGCCCUCAAAUUACACAGCCAGGAUGAAUCUCACUCAGAUUUUGGAGACAUCCGCUGCUUUUCCUAGUGCCAACCCACAAAAUAUGAUCAAUUCCAGCACUUCAGUUUAUGAAUUCCAAACACCAAAUUACCUCACAAAAAACAGCAGCACCGAUCAGAUCAGUUUUUCUUCUGGAGAUAACCAAGCACAAUCAGACAUCGGAGAGCAGCAAUUAGAUUUUAGCAGCACUGUAAAAGACCUUUUAGGGGAGGACAGUCUGCCAACAAACCAGCAGCUGGUGAAUCAGGUGGCAUCAGAUCUCAAUAACGUUGCAUCUGUCUUUCCCAGCGACAUCAGGUUGUCUUCCGAGCUCUCAGGCAGCAUUAACGAUCUGAACACUUUAGACACAAAUCUACUGUUUGAUCCAGGUCGUCAGCAGGGACAAGACGAUGAUGCUACACUGGAGGAAUUAAAAAACGACCCCUUGUUUCAACAAAUCUGCAAUGAAUCCAUUAACUCAAUGACUACAUCAGGUUUUGAGUGGAUGGAGAGCAAGGAUGCUGUUGAAAUGUUGGGUUAAUCUUGUUUUAUAAUAUGUAUGUAGCACACUGUAUCUAAAAGACAGACGUAUUGUAUUUGUCUUAAUGGAAGUGCCUCCCGCAGCAGAAACACUUGCUAUGUAUUGUGGCAUUUUAAAAAAAGUUUGCUGUAUCCGUUGCUCAUUCUUCAGCAGGGAAGAUGCAGUCUUACCAAUUUUAGACAAAUCUCUGAAGGUGAUGGGCUAUCAAAGAGCCAGUAUUAAACUUUGAAUUUUCUAGUGUUUCCCACUUGACAUUUCUUACUGUAGCAAAUAACGAAGUGGUUGACAGCCAGCCGGCAGAGACAGCUAUGGCUGAGGCUUUGGGAGGGUUUAAGCUCAUUAGUAGGCUUUCCGUACAUUGUGUUGCUUGUUACUUCUUCGUAGCUGAUCCUUACUGACCUUUGUCAUUGAGGUUUGGAAUGCAGGGUGUGUGCAGCCAGGCGGGUGGUGGGGGGUGGGUACCAGUGACCCAGGCGACGUGCAGGUGCCCGAGUGUUGCGUAGCUGUUGUGAGCGCUGCUCGGUGGGAGCUGGGGAAGUCUCUGUAGCAGUGGUGCCAUUGACAUCUCUACCAAAAUGCAGAGAGAGGAAAAACUAACAGGAAUGAUCAAGGAAAAAGGAAGAUGCACUAAAUUUUUUAUGUAAGAGAAAUAAAUCUAUGUAGUUAUUUUAGCCAUUAAUAUUCAUGGCAUACUUGAUAUUUUAGUUCUCACUUCAAUGUUUUUAUAUUAAGUAGAAUUCAUACGAAAAGAUUUUGAGCACUGAGAUUUAAUCUAGGCAUAACACCCUAUUUUAAAGUGAUAGGUACUGUUUAAUUAUUUAUCAAUGCUAGAGAAGGAACGUGGUAUUUUCCCUCUCUUUUUUUUAAAUAGAAGAGCUGCUGGAGCUCAUUAAAAUACUAUUUUUCAAGAUUAAUUUUUUAAGUUUGCUCUUUCCUAACCUAGUGGAGGGUACGGGAAGAUGUUAUUUUCUGUAUUUCACUAGGUUGAGCCUUUCUGUAUUUCUUGCUCGCUCUCAAACAAAAGAUUAAAAUAUUAGAAAAUGUGAUUGAACUAAAUAUGUUUUGUAUAGAGCCAUAAUACUGCCAGGCACUUUACUGAUACGCAGUAAGACAUGUGAUCUUUCUUUCGGUAAAACUUCUUUUAAACGUACUUACUGUUUUAGAAGCCUGAAUUCCAUUUUCAAAGUGAUUGGACAGGAUUGGUGCAUCUAAGUUUUUUAGAAGUCCUUAGCUGCCCCUCUGGAAAAUGAGAUUUAGACUUCUGCCUCACUAGUUCACUUGAACCAAAAAAGACUUUUUGUUUUAUCGGCAUGGCAUGGAUCUCUCUAAUGGUGAAAAAUGAGAGGUACUGAACCGGCCAUGGCCCUGACACUGGAAAGAGGACUUGCAGAGGCCAGCUUUUACAAGUGAAGUGCUGCACUGAGGAUGCUAAAAUACCAUCCCUUAGGCUUAGUAUGAGAUUGAUUAUUUCUCCUGUGAACUGACGCAGAACGGAAAACAGCAGAAAACAUUUUCUUCUCUUGCAUCACCUCUUUGAACGAGCAGACAUGAAUUUGUGAGGGGUAGGCACAAUAUGUCCCCCUAGAUUUACUUAAGGGGAAGAUGCUCAGAUUUUUCGGGUGAUUCAUGUUUGUUUAAGUGUCUUGGUGGUCUUCCGUUUCUUCAGUUUUUGCUAAUGACUUGAGAUCCCAGUACUGAUCAACUCUUUUGGCGGUGCUGAUUCAACCUGUGCUGCUGCAUUGGCACUGAGGUGCUGGUGUACCAUGGCUUCUCUUGCUCUUGCCCAAAUUCACCACCACUCUGUGGCCUCUUCUGCAGGGACAAACAGUUGUGCCAAGCUCUAGCACCUUAUGGGGCCUGACUUCACUGUGCUUGCAUCGGACGUUUUGCUGCUUUGUUAGGAACAAACUUGGAGAGUUUGAAUCCCUCCGUGAAGCACAUGGAUGUGCAAUGGUGUACUUUGCAUCAUGUAAGACCAAGUGUCCGUUUAAGGUUUUGUUAAGGAAAUGGGAGGAAAUUAAAAUCUGCCUGAUAGCCUCCUGCUUGUUACCUUGCCAGGUGUCUGUUGGUAAGGCUUGAACCAUUCCUCUUGUAGACUGAAGUCGCUGAAGGCAGGGCUUGAGUUUUGUACCUGCCUGUGGCCUCUUGCCAGAGAUGUGCUGAAUGUCCUCUGACCUUUCUGACUUCACUGGUUCUCAGAGACACUCAGUGCCUCUUUUUUUUUUAAUCUUUUUUUCUUUUUUCUUUUUUACAUUUUUCUCUUUUUUCUUUGUUCGUGUUUUCUUUUUUCUUUCUUUGACCCUGUGUGAAGUGCCAGCACAUCUGUGAAGAGGUGACACCUGCCUUGGGGUGGAGAGGGCUGGCGAGAAGCCACACGUGUGCUUCGGCAGCCUGUGCAUCUGCGUGACGCGCUGGCCUCUCCUCCAGCUCACUGACACUGACGUGGGCUUGCGGGAAAUCAGCUUUUCCUUGACUUCACUAAGUUUUUAAGAACAUUUCUCAGAAAAGCAAGAGUAGAUUUGAAGCUGAUGCGUUCUGAAUUAUGCAGCCGUCACCAAAGGUUAUGGAAGUGCGUUUAAUAGAAUAAUUCUUAAAUACAAGCAUUACACUGGGCCUAAUGUGUGACUUAAUUAGCGGAAAUAUUCUAUAAUCAGUGGAUUUAAAGCAAAAAUGUAUUUAAUUUAAGAAGUGUUAAAUUCAACAAGGAUUGUUUCAAGUAAAAUCCAGGGCACAGGCACAGCUUUGUAGAUUGGGAUGUAUUAUUUUAGAGGUGUAUGUGUGUUGGUGUUAUAAUUGAUGAGGUUAGGUCCCUGACCUUAGCACUAGCGGAGUUCUUUACUAUACAUUGAGACAGAGCACUACUGCACACCAAAGUAUGCAAUACCCAAAGGAAAAUUCUGUGAUUCUAGCAAAUGGAAGCCUGUCUGUGUCAGAUACUCCAAAACUGAGAAUUUGCGACAGUUCUGACCCCUUGUUUACAUUAUUGGCUUCCUACUAAGGUGAUAAAUAAAUUAUUUUGAUAGCAGUUUUUGCUAAAGUAUACAAACUAGUGAAUUUGUACCCUGUGUACAGUAUUGCAGCAAACACUUUAAAUUUGGUUGGUUAGUCCAGCAAACUUUCUGGGUUCAUAUAUUGCACUAAAAUUCUGUUGAACCUGUGGCAGGCACAUUCCUUAGGAUAAAUGCAACAAAUACGGCCCACAGAUUAAAAAAAAACUUUAAAAAGCAAAACAAACAAAACCUUUUUAAUGUGUUUCAUUAUUAAAAGGCAAAUGUCAUUAAAAGUGACAGGUGAAAUUGUCUUAUGUAGCAAUGUGCAUUGAUCUCAAUGAGAUAUUUCUAUUUCUUAUUCUCUUACAUGAGAAUAUUACAGCAGGAAAAAUUAAGUUUAGUUUGCUUCACCAUGUUAAUACAUGAUCACAAAACGUGCAUGAGUGUUAAUGACUUAAUCUUGUACAGUACUAGAUAUAUUCCUGUAACCACUUUUAUUUUUUUUAUUCUUUUGCUGUAUUGAAACUGGUUCAGUGUUAACCAGGUGAGCAUAGUUAUUCACAAGUUAUUUACUUUUUUAUGUUAACUAAUUCAGCUUAGUUAUUGUUGAAUAUGUUCUUUUCUUGGAUUAUUUUUUAUUGUUCUGGUGUUGAAAAACAUUUUUGCAUCAUUUUAUCAUGAGAAGAAUUCAUGAAGUAAAUAAUUUGCAAAUAAUUGCAAUAAGCACUGACUUCUGAACUGAAAAGAAGGAAAGCGUUUCUUGUGCAGUGCAUCUGAGGUUCAUAUAAUAGUCUUGUACUAUACUGUGCUUUAUUUACUGCACCGUAAGGAGAGGGAAAUCCCUGUUCCACGUUUUCAUUUAGUGCAGGAAAUCCAGUUUCUCCCCUCUUCCCCAGUGUUUUGUUGUCUGUUGUACUGCUGAAACUACAGUAGUUGAAUAUUGCAGUAGCAUUUCAGUUAUUUUUUUUAUUGAAAGUGCUCAAAAAUUGUUUUUUAAAUGUUUUCAAAAACAAUAAAAACAUUUUUUAUUAAAAUGA